AGAGAACCUCAACGAGAAUCUCGGUUCAGUCAGUCAGCGAGCAACUGUGGAACCGCGAAGAUGACCGACAAAAUUCCAUACGUAAAGCACAACAAUGGCACCCAAAUCCAGAGCAUUGGAUUGGGCACCUAUACGUCGCUGGGUGGCGAUUGCGAGCGGGCCACGCUCCAUGCGAUUGAUGUGGGCUACCGGCACAUCGACACCGCCUACUUCUACGAGAAUGAAAACGAAGUGGGUGCAGCGGUUCAGAAGAAAAUCGCCGAGGGCGUCAUCAAGCGGGAGGACAUCUACAUCACCACCAAGCUUUGGUGCCACUUCCAUGAGCCGGAGAGGGUGGAGUACGCCUGCCGCAAGACCCUGCAGAACUUUGGACUGGAGUACGUGGACCUCUACCUGAUGCACUGGCCCUACUCCUAUGUCUACAGGGGCGACACGGAAAUGAUGCCCACCGAUGCCAAGGGCGAGGUGGAGCUCAACGACAUUGAUUACCUGGACACCUGGCGCGCCAUGGAGAAGCUUGUGGAAUUGGGCCUCACCAAAAGCAUUGGCGUGUCCAAUUUCAACUCAGAGCAGUUGACUCGCCUGUUGGCCAACUGCAAGAUCAAGCCAAUCCACAAUCAGAUCGAAUGUCAUCCCGCUUUGAAUCAGAAAAAACUGAUCGCCCUGUGCAAGAAGAAUGACAUUGUGGUAACCGCCUAUUGUCCGCUCGGCAGACCCAAUCCCGCGGAAAAGACACCCAACUAUAUCUACGAUGCCAAGGUGCAGGCUAUUGGAGACAAGUACAAGAAGUCCACCGCCCAAGUGGUGCUCCGAUACCUGAUUGAGAACGGAACCAUUCCCCUGCCCAAGUCAUCCAAUCCCAAACGCAUCGAGGAGAACUUCAAGAUCUUCGAUUUCAAACUGGAUGCAGAGGAUCAUGCUGUCUUGGAUUCGUAUCACACCGGCGAACGUCUGAUCCCCAUGACCCACGCCAUCAAGAGCAAGAACUAUCCCUUUCACAUCGAGUUUUGAGCUGAAAAAAGGACCAACAAAUGUCAGUGGCUGUUAGUUUUGAUAUUAAAAAAAAAUUAUAUGCUGAGAAGACGAUAUUUUGAAAAAACAAACAUAACAAUAACAUUAAAAUCUUUUGUUUAAUAAAGAGUGGUUUGAUACCUAUUAAUUUGUAAAUGGGUUAGAGGAAAUAAAUGUUUCGAGAAAUGUGUGAAGUAGAGAUCUACGCAUAUCUACAUUUCUUUAAGAAACGGUUU